UGAUGUAUUAUUUGUAAAUUUUAUUCUACAUUAAUAUAUUGAAAUCAUCAGUUAUAUGAAAUGACUUUUAUUUGUGUCUGUAAUAUCGACCAAUCAAAAGUCUCGCACGUCAAUCAGGAUGAAAGAUGUCAAAAUAUUGGAAGAGAAAAAUAACACGAGAAAGGGCAGAAGAUUUUGAAUACAUGUAUAGCAGCUAGGAAGUGGAAGAAUCAUGGAGGACGUGGCUGUGCAAGAAGAUGAUUUACCAGUAAAUCACUCAAAACAGACUCUGUCUCAGAUACCUGACAUUGAUGAAUCAGGCUUUGGUGAAGACAUUUCGGCAUGCAGCAUAGAGGACAAAACUUUCAAUGAAAAGAUGGAUACACUAGAGACUGUAAAUCAUUUUGCCUUGGAACAGAAUGUCAAUAAUAAAAUGCUGGACGUAUCUCAAACUGAAAACGGUUUUACUUCGAGUAGUUUGAAAAAAGAUGACAGUGGUAUAUAUUCAGAGAAAUCACCAAGUUCAACACAGACUAAAGAGAGCAGUGAUGGGGAAUGGAGUGAAAGUGUAAGUGAAAAUUUAGAAGAAACAAAUGUUGAAAUGAAAGACCAGGAUAACACAAAUGAUAACGUCAAAGUUGAUGAAAUUUUGGAAAAUACAGUAGUUGAAAAGACAAGGAACAAUGAUGCUGUUAAAGGUGUUGAAUGUAAUAAGGUAAAAACAGACAAUAUUGAAAAAAUGGAAAGUGAACUGGUUGACAACAUGAAAAGUGUAGGAAAUGAUAAAGACACCCUUAAUGCCAAUAAUAAAGAGAUGCAAGACCUGAAGGGUAAUAGUGAUAAGUCAAAUAUUACCAAAGUGACAAAUGAAAAGGAACCAUCUGAAUCAAAUAAGCAGCAGAUUCAUUUGGAUAAACAUGAUAACAUUGAUGAAACAAAUGAUGAUGAAGAUUUUGCUGAAUUUGUUAGGAAAACAGUUAAAUCACGUUCUCAUGUGAGAAAGUUAGUGGAUUAUGACUCUGAUGAUUCAGAUGAUGGAAGCAGAAGCAGUUCUCCUGUGGUUGUUAAGGGUAACAGGCGGUAUCGGAAGCGAAAACCUGAAACAGACAGCGAUGAUGACACAAGCACACAUGAAAAUAAAGACAAAGAAAAUGAACAUAAUGAUGAUACCCCAGUUUUGUUGAGACAUUCAGUGUUAAAUGAAAAUAGUGGACAGAAUAAUGUGGAUAUUUCAGACCUAAGUACGGAUUCUAGUGAUGACAGUCAUCAUGCUCCAAAAACAAGACAUGAUUCAUCAUCUGAUAAUGAGCCAGAGGACACACCACCAGAUGUCAGUGAAUAUGGCCCCCCAAAACAUAAAUGGAGGGCUCUUUUUGAUCUGAGGAAUCGAGAGUUUGGAUACUCAAAUGUUGAAGAUUCUGGUUACUUCAGAAAGCAGGUUCAAGGCAGUUUACAAAUGGUGCAGAGAUUUAAGUUACAGUUCAAAAUGGAUCAGCAUGAGGGAUGUGUGAAUGCAUUGCACUUCAACAGAAUUGGGACUUUGUUAGCCAGUGGUUCUGAUGAUUUGAAUAUUGUAAUAUGGAACUGGAUUCACAACCGUCCUGCCCUUGUGUAUGACAGCGGUCAUCGAAGUAAUGUGUUUCAGGCUAAAUUUAUGCCGUUCAGUGGAGAUUGCCAUGUGGUCAGCUGUGCCCGAGAUGGUCAAGUACGACUGGCAGAUCUGUCGUCAACAGGGGUCUGUAAAGGAACGAAAAAAGUAGCACAGCAUAGGGGUGCUGCUCACAAGCUUGCCUUGGAAAUGGACUCUCCUCAUGUUGUACUCAGUGCUGGGGAAGAUGCAGUGACCUAUGAGAUUGACUUGAGAAUUGACAAACCUAACAAGUUAGUGACAACAAAAGAGAAUGACAAGAAAGUAUCUAUCUAUUCUAUCCAUUCCAAUCCCGUGAAUUCCAACGAGUUCUGUCUUGGAGGAAGAGAUCACUUUGUUCGAGUUUAUGACAAGAGAAAAAUUAAUGAGGAGGUCAACAAUGGAUUACUGAAGAAGUUUGCUCCAGAUCAUAUUCGUGAGGCUGGUAACGAGAGUAUCAAAGCCAAUGUGACAUGUGCAUGUUACAACUACAAUGGUUCAGAGAUAUUGGGAACUUACAAUGAUGAAGAUAUCUACCUGUUCAGUAACGAACACUCAGAUGCUGCUAACUACAUACAUAGAUACCGAGGACAUAGAAAUAACCAGACUGUUAAAGGCGUCAAUUUCUACGGUCCAAACAGUGAGUUUAUCGUCAGCGGAAGUGAUUGUGGCAACAUCUUUCUUUGGGAUAAGGCUACAGAGAAUAUUGUACAGUAUAUGGAGGGGGAUGAAGGUGGAGUUAUAAAUGUUCUGGAGCCACAUCCGUAUGCCCCGAUUUUAGCAACAAGUGGACUGGAUCAUGAUGUGAAAAUUUGGGCACCUACCGCAGAAAAUCCAACCAAUCUGAAGGGUCUCAGAAAGUUGAUAAAGCGUAACUCUAGAGAACGGGAAGAAGAGAGAACUAGUGAUGGCGGAAUGAUUGACGGUUCUAUGCUAUGGUUCAUUAUGCAUCACCUACGGCGGGGCCGUAGACAGAGAGCCCGUGAAGCUCGAGCAGCAAGGGGUGAGCCUGCACCAGAUGUUGAGACAUCAGACACACUCAGCGAUGAGGAUCUAACCACAGAUGAGGACUCGGACAGCGAGGGGGAUGGAGUGCCUCGUGAUGCAAUCUCAUGUAACCCAUCAUAGUGAUAUCACCAGAAAUUCCUUACCUGUAUUCACUGGUGUUCUAAGCCAGAAAUUUAAAAAUAAAAGCUUUAAUGGAUCAUGUACAAAAUGAAAAUUUUCAGAAUUUCUGACAUUGACACAUUGAUGAAUAAAGGCGUGUAUGAAGACUUUUUUCUCUCUUAAAAAGAUGAAUAUAUUUACAUCUAAUUUUACGUGUUAUGUUUAUCAUUGGUUUCAGAUUUUUUGGAAAACUUAAUAAUUCACAAUCUGUUGAAAUACUGGUUUUGCAUUGACAUCAUUUUCUGAUUUAUUUUUUUUACAUAUAGGACAUCUUUUUAUGCAAGUGUUUAAUUGCAAAAUGUUGUUACUGACUUCUUAUUUUAAGAUAAAGGUAAUUACAGUGUCAGCCUUGUUGCAAAGCAUGAAACGUAAUUGUAAAGUUUCACAGAUUCAGAUUUCAGCAAAUGUAUAGCAAAGAUAUCACCAUUUCGUAAUCAAGUAAAUCAGCCAGUAAAUCACCAUGUAAACUUGCAUUGAAAACUUCCAUUGAACAAUGUAACAAAUGAGACAUUUAUCCAGAGUUAAACCUCUAUCACAGCAUAGCUUUUGUCAAUGAUGUGCCAUUAGCAAUUUAGCUAAGAUUUUGUGUACAUGUAUUUACAAUGGUUUUAAAUCAUGUUGAUCGAAGAAUCUUAAGUACUGUUGUUCUUUUUUAAAGCAUUGACCUCUAUUUUCAAGUUCUUGCCUAGUAUUAAGGUAUCCUGGUCAGUGUCACAAGGUGAAGUUCAUUCUUUUGGUGACAUAGAUCUAAUCCAGGAGUCAUGGUGAUCCACCCUUGAACUGUAAAGGACAAGUAGAGAGAAGUUUGUAGAUCCCUCAGAUUUAAAUGUUGUUUUCACCUUUAAGUCUUCAAGUGUCUGUAAAUAUUGACUUAAUGAUGUAAAUAGUGUUGGUUUCCUCAACCUUUUGCUGACAGUAUUUAGAUGUACCCCCUGUUUCUUUGUGUGCAUAAGUUAUGUAUUAUUGUUUUGUUUGGUUUUUGAAACCUUUAGUAAUGGUAAGAAGGUAUACAGAUUGAUUCAGAAAUGUUUGAACUUUUUAAGUAGUGUGAACUCUUUCUUUAUAGAUUAUUAUGUUUUGUCAUGUAAAUAGGUUUUUUUUUUUCAAUGAGUUUGAUCUUUAUUCUUAUGUUUGUUUUGUGUAAAAUUUUGAAUUUGUACAACAUUUUCAUUGUUCAUUUUCUUCUCUUGUAUGAAAUGAUGCUAGUCUUUUUUUCUUCCAGGUUUUUGGUUUGUUCUGUAAUACAGUCACACCUGUACGUAGUAGGCAGCCAAGGGAAAGAUACAGUGUGAGUGCUUGGAGCAAGUGGCUGCUUACUACAGAUGACUGUUAAUACAGGUUUAGCUGUAGAGUUAUGGUUUCAUUUUGAUUCAUUUCUUUUCUGUUUGUAGUUUAUAUUGACCUAUAUUAAAGCAUACGUUUUCACUUUGUUCUUCUCACUGACAAGUUUAUAUGAUUGUUACAAAACUGCCUUAUCGACUAUCCUCCAUCUGAAUACUUAAGUUGUUUUUCUGCAUGACAGAGGUAUUCUGUUUAAUUGAAUGUAGAUUGUUUUGCCUUCUCUAUACCAAUUAGUCAUAACAUAUAUGUCUUUAUUGCUUUUAAAACAUGUAUUAUCCCCCAUCAGUACUGUGAAAAGUUGGUCAGAUUUGAGCUUUUGUUGAGAGAAAAAGCAGGAUAUAUUGAGAGUAUUGAAGAAAAAACAACUUCCCUCUGUAGUUUAGAGUGAUAACAAGAGAAUGAAUCCUUUGAUUGAUACACAACUGUCUGAUACCACUGGAUGUCAUUUUGUAUUUGUUGUUAAAGAAUUAUUUAAAAUUGUUAGUGUUUUAAUAUCUAAAACGUGUCUCUGUGGUAUGAUGUCCCAAACCAGAACGUCCUGCCAGUUAUUACUGGAGUAGUUCUGUGGCCGUAUUUUGUCUUUUCAAAAAUGAUGCACUGUUCAGCUUACUUUUGGUGAAAGUUAUUUUGGUGGAUUAACUAAAUGUAGUUUUUAGGACAUUGUAAACUAUAAAAUGUUUUAAUUUAUUUGAAUGUUCAUACCAUAUCACAUGAGGUGGAAAGGCAGUUAUCAAUGUGAAUGGAAGAGAUCAGCAAAGAAAUGCUUUCCAGUAGAAGCUAGGUGCCAUUCCUGUAUCGGUUCAUUGAAAGACUUCUCUGUUUUCACAUUAUGAUCCAGUCCACUUGGUAGAGGGAGGUUUUUUUUUCAGCCUUAGCUGUUUAGAGUUUAAGUCGAGUGUAUAGUUGCAGAUUUGUUAAACAUACAUAAAAAGGGAGAAAUAUGCUGUAAGUUAGCAUAUUCUUAAAUGUCUGACUUUGUAUUUCCUUUUACAACUCCUUGCACUUUUUUUCUUGCACACAAAGAACCUAGUAUCUUAUGCAGACAUUUUGAUUUCUCCAGGAGCUAUUUUAUGCAACAUCAGUUCAUAUCAUAGUUAACUUGACAUUUUUUCAUGUGAUGCAAGUGGGUUUUGGUAAGGUGAAUUAUGCAUUUAUGAAGUUUAUUAUUGCAGUUUUACACAACUACACAACUGGCAAUUUCUGUUGCUUGACAGUUUUUAUUAGAUAUUAAUUUCCACGAAACCAGGUUUAUAUACGAUCAAAUUCAGAACUGGUCAUGAAUCAUACUAGAUUUUUUUGUGUACUUAGUAUAUUCAAAACUGACUAAUAUAUUGAUAUGAAAUUUCUGUGUAUUGUUUUUAGAAAUUCAUUUUAAAAAAAAAUUAGCUGUUUUAAGUAAAAAAAUAUGUUUAUAUCUAGAGACUGUAGUUUUCAGUCCCUCUUUCUAAAUAAAAUUAAGGACAACAGAAUCAUGUGAUAAUCCCUAGCACAUGAUUAGUCACCUUUGUUUGAAUACUAUGUAAUGUAUGUCUGGGAAGUUGUUAUGUUUACCAUUUUAAAAGUUUACAGGUUAGUAUUUCUUGCCUAGUGGUCAAGAUUACUAGUGAUGUGCUGAUUAAUUAUGGCCUCAAUGAAUGUGAAUAAAUGGUUCAUUUGCUCCAGAAUAAACUUGAUCCCAUGAUAUGUAACUGUUUGGUCAACUGAAAAAAAGUACUUCAUGAAAAAUACAUAACUUUAUGCUAAAAAUAAUGAAAUUAAAAUUGAACUCUACAUUGUUGUUCAUCUUCAAAGUGUCAAAUAUCGUUCCUGUUUAAGGACGUAAAUUUCUUGCAUCUUGUUUCGGUUGGAUUUAAAUUGGCCGAAAAAAGGUAUAUUUUAAUGUCAACAAUAGCAGACUGUAAAAGGUUAGAACACAUAUUAAACCUAAUGCACGCCUUUCAGAUUUUUUCUAACACUUGUCUUCUAGCCUUAUGGAGCUAGCUACUGUACAAUGUCAUGUAACUCUUGCAUCUUGGGUCAAGAUAAAUGACAGACUUAAAUUCGUGUGCUGAUUUACUAACCUGGCAACUUUAACCAUUUCUCAGCAGUAAAGGUUAUUGACAAACUGUGGAAACUUCGACUGUUUUCCAGCACUCAAGUUUAUGGACAAAACUGGUACUUUGACGAUUUCUUAGCUGACAAACAGUGGAAACUAACAGUUUCCUUGCACUAAAUGUAACUGAAAAUCUGGAAAUUUUGACCAUUUCCCAGCGAUAAAGGUUACUGACAAACAUUGGCAACCAACAAUUUCUCAGUAUUUAAGGUUGCUGACCAACACUUUUGAAAGGGCGGAUGGACCAUUAUUAAACACUGACUGACAUUUGAAAGCAAUGCUGCUAGUUUCUUCUGAUAAGGAAUCUUAAUAAUUUAUGAUAGGUAAUAGUUGAUUAAUUUAUUUCCAUUGUAUAAAUGUUACAUUGUUCAUUAUUUAAAUGUAUUGAUCUCAUUUGUAAAUAAAACAUGUUUUCUGUCUGUGUUAAGCAUGUACAGCUUGCUUUAUCUUGAUAAAGAUUUUGCUUUUGUGAUAAUUAUAUUUGCCUGAAUUUGUCAUUGAAUUUGCUUUGAACUAAAAUUGUACGCUAUUACUUUUCAUGUGUUUGUGUUAUGCUUGAAAAUUGUCUAUUUUUAAUGAUGAAGGAUUAAGUAAUGAUGGAAUAGAUAAUGAGCAGUGAUUAAAGAACAAGCCCAGAUGAUUAAAGAUGAUGAUGGUAGUAGUAGUAAAUGAGAGAAAAAGAGGAAGUGAUCUGGAUCAACUCAGAAAUUAUUCAGGACUGAUUUAAGUGGAAAUGAUUAAGGAAGAAUCAUUACCAAUUAUGGAAAAUGGAAAUGAGGAAGGAAUUGUUGAAAUUGAUUAUGGGAAAGGGAUCAAGGAAUAGUCAUGCAUGAUAGAAGAGAAGGGAAUGAUUAAGAAAUAACAAUAAAAACAAGUCAUGAAUAGGAAUGUUAAAAUGAUUAAGGAGAAAGUAGAAACAAUUUGGGUGUAGCGACUAAUGAUUAUGGAAUAAGGGAAAAUAAAUAAAGGUUUGUUUUAUCAUGUGCUUGUGAAUUUGAAUAAAUUAAGGUGAAAGAGAAGUUGAUUAAAGAUCUUAUGUAUCAAUUUUGAUAAUAUUCAUAUAUUUGAUCAUGUUUCAAAAGUAUGUAGUGUGUCUUUGCAAGGAAAUAAGUAUGGACCAGUUUUUCCUGUUUUGAAAGGGAAGUGAUUAGAAACAGGAAUAAGCCUUGUUUGAUCUUGGUAGAUUCUUGUAAAGUUACUGUCUUACCUAAUGAAAUUAAUGAAACAGAUGUGAUGCAGAAGAUGAUAGAUCUUGUCUGAAUUUAGAGGAAGAGAAAAAUAGCAGUAAACAGAGUUUAGUGUGUCAGAUGAUGUUUACUUUUAAAAUCAUCAUGUAUUCUAGGUCAGUUUCUAAGAUAGUGGACUGUUAUAUUGUUUUUUCAAAGCUUCAGCAUCAUGUCCUAUGUUCCUCAAUGUUCUGAAAUUUAGA